AAAAGUGUUAAAAAGUGCAUUAUAUAGAAGGCGGAAGACAAAGAAGUUAAGAUAGUAAGAAAAUUCGGAAAAAUAACCCAAGAUGGAAUCGGUUCUCACUCCCCCGUUGCCGUUUAAGUUUGAGGAAAAUGUAACCAAUAUGGCGUUUGGCAGUUUGUGUGAAUCUUGGGAGAAGUGGAAGAAUGGUUUUCAAAUAUACGUUAAGGCAUGCGAACUUAAUAAGAAAACGGAAGAAAUACAAAUGAACAUAUUUUUACACGUCGUAGGGGAACAAUGCCGUGAGAUAAUAGAACAAAGUAAGACGAAAAGUACAACAUUAGCGGCCUUAAUAGGUCAAGUCGACAAUCAUUUUAAAGCGAAAAAAAAUGUAACGGUCGAGCGUCAUCGGUUUUUCACUCGUCAACAAGGUGAACAUGAGUCCAUAGACCAGUACGUCUUUGAAUUGAGAAAAUUGGCUCAAUCAUGCGAGUUUGGUGACUUAAACGACGGAUUAAUAAAAGAUAGACUCGUAUGCGGAAUCGUGAGUGCAGCGAUUAGGGAGCGGUUGCUACGCGAGGACGACCUAACGCUAAACAAAGCAUUAGAAAUAUGUCGGGCUGCUAUCGUGUCGAAAAUGUAUUCGGAGGACAUUAAACGAGAGUGCACUAGCGAGUUAAAAGGUAGCGAAGUGUGUGCGGUAGCUAACAAAGAAGUGUUCGAGUUGAAUCGGUCAGGUGCGAAAGUCGAGGCAAAAUCGAGUCGUAGUAUGAGUUCCGGACGAGGAUGGCGCGGGCGCGGAUGGGUGCCUGGCGCGGGGCGCGCUGGCGCGUCGGGCGCUGCGGGCCCGGCCGGCGCUCAGCACCGCGCGCCGUACGCGCAUCGCGGAGGACGGUGCGGCCAGUGCGGCGGCGUUCACAAAAAAUACGACUGUCCGGCGUAUGGCAGGAGCUGCAUGAAAUGUUCCAGACCAAAUCACUUUGCCAGGAUGUGCAGGGUGUACAUGGUGGAAGAGUCUGAGGACCAGGAUAGUGAGGGCUCCAGAUAGAUGGGGUAACUGGAUCUAACAACACAUGUCAAUGCUCCACGGAGGACGGGAAACGCAUCCCAAACAACUUCUAUGUACAAAAAUAAUCAAAAUAUAAUAUACUAUGUUAUUAUUACACAAAACAAAUUAUGCAUGAAUGUGAAUGACUUAUUGGUCGUAACAUGAAAUUAGUCUAUAG